AUGAGAAGUAGGUACACCAGCCGAUCCAUGUCGUGCGAUUUUACUGGGUCAAUGAUGACGGAUCGAACAAUGGAAUCCGUUGACAGCAUGUAUUCAUCAAUGCGGUCACCUCUACCAUCAGGACAUUCCAGUGAUGCUGACAUGAAACUACGCCAAGCUCAAGCGCUUGCCGCUAAUCCUGAAAAUCUGAAUGAGUUAUCGUAUUCAAAACUGGUGACGUUAAACGCUGAGAUGGAACAGCUUAUUCAAGUCUAUAAUGAAAGCCUUGUCGAUGAAUUGGCUCACAGAGAUGAGCUGGAAUAUGAAAAAGAAAUGAAGAACACUUUCAUUUCAUUGUUACUAUCAAUCCAAAACAAACGGCGUCAAUUUGUUAACGAGCGAAAGAGGAAAGGGAUCAAAGUUGAUCCACAUCAACUUCCACAAUUCAUGACGGCCAGUAUCCCGUACAACGACCAUCAGCAUAUGGAUAAUGCAACGCUAUCCUCUUUGAUAAAAAGUAUGCUUAGUAUCUUUUCACCAUUCAAUCUACCAAGAAAGCAGAAAGAGCUUGGGCGGUCAAAGCAGGUCUCCCACCAGGAUUUAAUUACCGUGCCAUAUGUAUGGUAG